CGUGAGCUGAAGAGCAUGACACUGACUCGUCUGAGAUCAGAGACACAGCAUCUUCACACGAAGACAAGACCCAUCCACUGGAAAAAAAUGGACCCCUGCGACUGCGCCAAGAGUGGAACCUGCAACUGCGGAGGAUCCUGCACCUGUACUAACUGCUCUUGCACCACCUGCAAGAAGAGCUGCUGCCCAUGCUGCCCAUCUGGCUGCAGCAAAUGUGCCUCAGGCUGCGUGUGCAAAGGGAAGACGUGUGACACCAGCUGCUGUCAGUGAGGUGCCUGCAACAUCGGCCCUCUCCUGUCCUUGUGAUGGAGCCUGUGUGAACUACUUUGACAUAUUUUUGUCUACAGUGAAUUAUGUGUUUUGUACUGUACGUCUUUAAUGUUGAAAUAAACAAGAUUCCUUCAUUUGAA